CAAGACAAUAUUUUACCGCAGACAAUCCUUUUAAAAAGAGUUUAAUUCUCUAUACAGCCCAGUCAAAUGCAUGUUAUAUAAAAACAGCAAAAAGGAGAAAUCAGGGGUCACUCCUAUUCACUGAUUUAUGGAACCAAGUUGGAGAAAUGUCAAUAUAGUAAUGUAAGAGGGAUUUCUACAAAGUUCUAUAAGCUUAACCGGUUGGAUGAAAUCAAUACACGUAACUUCGAUAGCAGGCAGGAUAGAAUGGCUUUCUUCCAUGGCCUGGAAACAGUAGAAAGUUUCACCAGGGAUGAAGAGAUCAGGGAUCCAAUUAUCUGAUGCAUAUCUUUGACGAGCAGCAACACUGAGGCCAAAAAGGGACUCUGCCUCUGGAGCUUCUCAGAUGUCUUGUAGCCUUUAUGGUGUCAAAUUCCACUUGGGUGCAAAUAGUUCUGCCAUCUCUGAGGCCUGACGUCACCAGCCGCAAGUGCAUUUAGGAUGCUCAGCAAAUAUCUGCUGGGACCUUCCUUUGAUUUUAUAUGAACUUUUUUUAAAAACCAAGAAGGUUGUAGAAGGUUGGCUGUUCUUGCUCUUCUAGUUAUGUCUCUAACGUAUGGAGCUUUAUUUGAAUUGGUGGAGCUUCAUUUAACAAUCUAGACUUCCAUCCCCGAGGAAAAGGGGUGAACAAGUUUCUGAAGGUUCUUUCAUUCACUAUCUGUGCAUCUAUGUAAAUAGAUAUAAUGACUACCUCAAGCAAAAAGACUUCUCCUUCAGUGGUGAACUCCUUGGCCAAAAUAUUUGACCUGAAUGCUUUACAAAACCAGCAACCUUCUAAUGAAGAAGAAUCUGCAUCCACUCCCCAUUUUGCAAGCAAGAAUGUCAGCUCCCCUGAAAAUGUGAGUGCAUUAGAUAGGAAGGUUUCUUCCUUGGAUCAGAAAAUAGACAAGUUAUUGACUGUGCAAGACAACGUUCUUCAGAAGUUGGACUGUGUUUCACAGGAAAUCUGUUGCAUGGAAAAGGACAUUGCAUUGCUUAAGGGAAAAGGAAGAGAAUCUGAACCAUCCAUCAUAACCUCCGAAAAGCUGAGUAGUUUUGAUGUGAAGGUAUUGUGCACCGAAAUCAACAAUAAGCUUUCUGCUAUGAACAAGAGUGCCGAGCAACAAGCCAAUAGGUUAGACGGACUUGAACAAGUAGUGCUGGGAGUACAGCAGCUUGUUGGCUGUUUGGUGGAAAAAUUAAAGACUUCUAAAAUCACUGAUCUCAUUCGCAGAGAUGAAGCUCAUAAUUUUGUUAGAAUUGGUGGCUACUUGAGAAAAGAUAAAUCAGGCAAUCUUUUCCGGAUGCAGACGUUCUCAGACAAAAAGGAUGUUUUGUUCAACAGAAGGAAUGAAAAGGAAAAGUCGUAUUUGACUGCAAAAGGAACAAAAUCUAUAAAAAAGAAGAAACCACCAGAUUCUUCAGAAGAAUCUGAGGAGAAGACAGAAUCUUAUUCUCACACAGAAAAGGUCCAUAAGCUCAACAAGGAGAAUACAGAGGCAAGCACCUUUUUCGUUCAGAAAAGUUUGCUUAAAUCCCAUACUCGAGGAUCAAAGGACAAUGCAGAGGAAAGCCAUAGCAACAGCUGGAAAAGUCCUCUUCAGAAGACAACAGGAAAAAGCCAGGUAGAAGUGAAUGCCAUGGAUGAAGCUAAUAAAAAAACAAGUGGCCAAGAUACAAAGAGUGACUCUCUAGGACUUGUAAAGAAGUGUGAUGUGUCUGAAGAAAGCCAAGAGGAAGUAAGAAAAGAGACUGAACAAAAAGAUGCUAACAAGGAUGAAGAGCAGGAAGUACGAGCAAGUACAUCCCAAAGUGAAGAAAGAGCAGAAGAUGUUGAGGGUUCACCAAAAAGCCAGGGUCAAGAUGCAAAGAAUAAAGAAAGUGAAAAAGCCCCAUUUUCUGUGAAAGACGGGCAGACCAGCAGCAGUAAGCGACGGGUGAAUGAUGGAGGGCUUACUCAGGAGGACAACAAAAAGAGCAGGGUAGCCGCGGCAAAUACUGGUAAUGAACAAAAACCAGAAGAUGCAGAUAAGCCCAGGACAGCAGAGCCUACGAUGUCAGAAAAACUUGAGAGAUCAGAUUCUGCUACCAACAAGAGCGAAAAUAAUCAAGAGGCUGCUUCAGGAGACAUUUUUACAAUUGAUGACAGCCCACCUCCUUCAGCCCCUUUUGAUCAUCGGAUCGUCUCGGCAAAAAGAGCAGGGAUCAAUAGCUUCUAUCAUGUCCACAAGGGUGAAGUCUUGGGAGGUGGAAGAUUUGGCCAGGUGCAUAAAUGUGAAGAAAAAUCAACAGGUCUCAAAUUAGCAGCCAAAAUUAUAAAAGCCAGAGGUGUAAAAGAAAAGGAUGAAGUAAAGAAUGAGAUCAAUGUAAUGAAUCAGUUGAACCAUGUGAACCUCAUUCAGCUAUAUGAUGCUUUUGAAUCAAAAAAUGACAUUGUUCUUGUCAUGGAAUAUGUGGAGGGCGGAGAACUGUUUGAUCGAAUUAUUGAUGAAAACUGCUUCUUGACAGAGAUAGAUACCAUCUUGUUCAUAAAACAGAUCUGUGAAGGGAUUCAAUACAUGCAUCAGAUGUAUAUUCUUCAUUUAGAUCUGAAGCCUGAGAAUAUCCUGUGCGUGAAUCGAGAGGCAAAUAAAAUAAAGAUUAUUGACUUUGGACUGGCAAGGAGGUAUAAACCAAGGGAGAAGCUUAAGGUCAACUUUGGCACUCCAGAAUUCCUUGCCCCUGAAGUUGUGAAUUAUGACUUUGUCUCCUUUCCUACUGACAUGUGGAGUAUAGGGGUCAUUGCCUAUAUGUUGCUCAGUGGAUUAUCUCCUUUUCUGGGUGAUGAUGACAAUGAGACUCUGAACAACAUACUGGCUUGUAGGUGGGACUUUGAAGAUGAGGAAUUUGAAAAUGUGUCUGAGGAAGCCAAGGACUUCAUCACAAAGCUUCUCAUCAAAGAAAAGGGCUGGAGGAUAAGUGCCACUGCAGCCAUAAAGCAUCCUUGGCUAUCUGACCAAACACUCCAUUGCAAACUCCAAGCUCAGAAAAACUGCUGUGUGAUUACUGCUGCUAUGAGAUUUGGAAAUAAAAAUCAGCAGUUCUGGUGCUUUGACCCUCCCCCUCCCAUGAUGACUGGAGGCUUUUACUGAGUGGACCAACACCACUUGAGCUGCGGGACUGAGUUCCAGCAGUGCUGAGCUGCAUUAUUAUUAUCCCUUCUCUCACUGUGUCAAUUUUCAAUAGCUACUGGAGGACCCAGGAAGGUGUUGCUGUUGGAAAGCUAUGUUGAUUGAGGUUCUAAUUUCUUGCUUGCAUUAUCUUUGGUUUUCCUAACUCAGCUGUUGAAAGACUGGAGGGAGGGUUUUUGGGGUGAGUGUGUGUGUGUGUGUGUGUGUGUGUGUGUGUUUAAAUUAUCAAAUCUCAGCUCAGCAAGCAGAAGUUGAAUUUGAUUUGAGAGAAUGGUGGUUUCAAACUGCACUGAAAAGCAAGCUAAUACCCAAUUGAAAAAUUGUGUGUGAUACUUAAAUUUAAGCCAAGGUAAUCUCAUUUUACACACUAUAAUAAACAGAGUGAAUCUACUACAAAGAUGUGAGAAUGGCAAGAAAGAAUGUUUCUGAAAUGCCUUUUCUCUACCUGCAUUGUUAACAAUACACUCUGAUAUUGUUUUAAAGGUAAGCUCGGGCAAGAAACAGUUUGCAACGUGAUGUCUGAAUGCAGAGAUUUCAGGGUUUACAAUCACUGUUUUUGAAUUUUGUUCAAGACAUUCUCUAAGUGUUUGUGAAUGUGUAUAUUGAAUGACAAAGGUAAAACAGAAAGAGAAAUAAGCUCUGUUUAAGAAUGUGACAAUCAUAAUAUCCUCCAGGGCGCUUUCCAGACUAGCUGCUCAACAGCAGCAAGAUGCCUCCAUUCAGGCAAGUCACAUUUGAAACGUAAACAGCAGGGGGAGCAAUCUCGCGGAAACUAACAACCCAGAAAACCAGCAACUUUCUUACACUGGAUAUAUGUCCUAGCUCUAUAUCACAGUGAUUAAAUUCAAAACAAGGCAUUGGAAAUGUGAACGGCACCCCGCUGUCCACGUAGGGAGUGCAGUAUCAGAAUACAGGAAGUGUGCAAGCACACUUCCAAGAUACGACAUGACCCCGUUGCAGGGUCUAAUCUGGAAAGCACCCUGGUUUAGAGCAGUUAAGAGUAUCAGCUGUAAAUCUCCUGAUUCAGUCUCUGGCUAAAAUCUUCAUGAUAGGUGGCCUUAGGCAAACUUCAGUCUCUUAGCCUUAUCCCCUUCUCUCCAAUACUGGGAUAACAAAAUGGCUUACCUUACAGGGUGUUGUAAAUAUUAUUGGAUAAUAUGUGAAGCAAUUUGAACAUGCAAAAAGCCCCAUGUAACUGCUUAGUACGAUUUUACAUGACAUAUGAUGAUAAUGCAUAUUUAUACAGCACUUUUCAACCAAAAUGUUUCUAAGUGGUUUACAUAGAAAAAUAAAUAGAAUAGUUGCCUCUCUCCAAAGGGCUCACAAUUGCAAAAUAAAAAUAAAGUAGAGCCUGCACCAGCAACAACCACUGGAGGGAUGCUGUGUUGGGGUCGAAUAGAGACAAUUGCUGUCCCUCUGCUAAAAAUAAGAGAAAUAUAAGAAAUAGAUCUAUAUUUCUUUCAUAUAAGAAACAUAUAUUUUUAAAAGUGCCUCUUUGCUCUGUUGGCAGGGAAAUAUAAGGGAAGUAAAUCUCAGAUACUGCUCCAGAAUAGUUAAGCCACCUUGUUAUCAACAGUCAGAUAUGAUCCUGUAUAUUUCACUAUGCCAAGAUUCCAUGCACCUCAGUGAAUACUACAUGAUCAAUCACCAGGAGCUUUUUCACACAGGGUUUUAAGUUCGCAUCUCCUCUGGAAUGGAGGGUGUGCGUUCACGUAUUGGCCAGAUUUACUCCGAAGGCCCUGUGAGCUAUCAGGAAGCACUUCACACAUGAUUAGGGUUUUUCAUUGCAUGUUAGGGUGUAGCCUGAAUGAUGUAUAUCUGGAGUUAAACAAUCCGCUUUUUGCGUUGGGUUUUUUUGGGAAACUUCAAACUCGCAGUAAAGCCUCGCAGUAAACUCACAGUAAAGCCUGUCUGUAGAUGCUCCAAUAAAAGGAAUUUCCAUUAGCUGUGCUUUACCCUUCCAAUGGACAUAAUAAUAAUUAACAUGACUACAAUAGGUUUUUUUAAAAAGCCCCAUGAGGGCGUUUGAAAGAAGAGAGCUUUAUUUUUCUGCAUAAAAUAUUGAGAAAUAAUAUUUUUUAUCCAACCUCCCCAAAUCCCAAUUCCUUUGGCACUGGAAACAAGAGCUUGGGGUCAAAGAUCUUGCCAAGACACCAAGAUUUGGUGUAACUUGCAUUUAAGAAACCAGCUAUUAUUAAUAUAUUCUUUUUAGAGAGCAGUCCUCUUAGCUUACUCAGAAGUAAGUCCAAUGGCAUUCAGUGCAGUUUACUCCCCAGUAAAUGUACUUGGGAUUGCAGCCUUAACCCCCUUUUUCAAAUGGUGAGAACUACUAGCUCUAGAAAGUUAGAAGGGAUGGGUUAUGCUGUUGUUCAGAUGGCAAUGGGCAUCCCUAGCAAUAUAGUGGUGGUUUGUAUAAUAUUCAAUUCAGUGAUUUCACUAGAACUUCAGGCUAAGACUACAAUGAAUAUUUAUAUACUGCUUUUCAACAAGAGUCACCAAAGCGGUUUACAUAAAUAUAAAUAAAUAAAUAUAAUGGCUUCUUGUCCCCAAAGGGCUCACAAUCUAAAAAACAAAACCUAAGAUCGAUACCAGCAACAGCCACUGGAGGGAUGCUGUGUUGGGGAUAGAUAGGGCCAGUUGCUCUCCUCCUGCUCAAUAAAGAUAAUCAUCACUUUAAGAAGGUGCCUCUUUGCUGAGUAAGCAGGGGGAUAUGGAAUGAGAUUUCAAUGUAAACUUUAGUGCCAGUAUUAAGGACUUUCCCCUCAUCCAAUGCAUUAGUUGCAUGAAAAUUUCGGUCUUGAUUUUCAAUCAGACUACAUGUAUAUAGCUGUGUGAUUAUAGAAUUCUAACCAGGGGGUGACUUGGAUCUUUCUAGAAAAUUAGAAUGAUAUUUACACUUGAGUAUGGAUUCUCGUCUUUAGAUUUCUGUCUUCUGUUUGUAAGAUGUGGACUGGAACCAGUUCUGGCACAAAGUUUGCAUCCAUAAGAAGGAUCAUGAAGCAAUUCCUAUGUAUAUAUAUACAGGUGAAAGAAAAAUUGUCCAAAUACAGCUUGCUAAAUAAUCCCGUAAGCCCUGACUUGGUUCCUGGGCAGUUCCACAUUAUGAGAUUGUUUAGUCGUUUCGACUGAUGAGCAUACUGCUGAAAUAUUUUCAUGUAUAUUCGUAGGAAUCAGACAAAGAGCCGUCUGAUUGAUAUAAAUGUAAUGCUAGGAUUGCUCCACAUAUGUAUUUUGAUGAAAAGAGCACAGUCAUAAUAAGAGUUCUGUGACUUUUGUGUGUAUUUGUUGCUUCAGACCACAAUCCUAGGGCAAUUAGAAAAGUAGCUACAUCCAGACUAACAAAGUGCUGUUGUAGAAGAUGUGCAGCAUGCAUUACAGGGGAAGGGCCUUUUUAUCAGUGCCCCCCUCCCCUGUGAAGCUGACUGUGUAUCACUGAGGGUUGCAGAUUCAUCGCACAAGCACUUCAUUAGUCUGGGUAUCAGCCAGUAGCAAUUUAUUUUUGUCUUUAGGUUUCCCACUGCAGUGUCAUUGGCAACUUCAACAGUAUUGGGAAUAUGACAGUGGAGAUAGGCUGAUAGCAGUCAAAGCUUUACUUGUAGUUGCUUUCAACUGUCAAAUCUACCUCAUGACAAAAGAGUGGCACACGUCACCCAGAGGUGUUCCUAUGGCUUCAUCACUAUUCAUGCUACUUGUUCAGACAGCUUUAAAAAAUUGAUUGGUAACAGUUCUCUGGUUUGUUGGGUAUUUUAAAAAAGUUCAGUAAAUAGCUUAGGAAUUGUGCAGUCAAGAUUUGCUUGCUAACAGGAUUACCAGAUGUAGAAGAAAACAUUGAAACAUAAUAUUUGUGCAUGUCAUGGACUAAAAUGGUGGCUGGACAUUAGUGAUCUAGUCUGCAAACUGCACGGUGGUAACUAUCAGAGGCAUGAGUUACAUAUAACAUGCACCAGGAACUUCCGGUCCAAUGCACAUUUGCCGCCCCACACGGGACCAUUUUAAGCACAGUGCCGGUGUGGGAAAUGCAGCAGGGGGAGGGGGUAAGAGCAUCCUCCCCAAUCCUUAAAGGAGCCCCCACAUUCAAACUGGUUCAAAUGUCAGUUCUUGAACCAGUUCGGUGUUCUAGGAAUAGAAUGCUGAACUGGUCAUGCACAUCCCUACUCACCACACUAUUUUGACAGAGGUGCUGCAUCAUGCAAAAGAAGGCAAGGCUGUUGGUACAUGACAUGUUGUGUCUCAGAGAUGCAAGGGCACAUCUCCCAUAGGUUUCUGAAAAGCAAAUCCUGUACAUAACAGUUCAGUCAAGAAGCAGUUGUGAACAAAUCCACAAGUUCUUCAUUUAGGGGAUUGGGUUGCCACUUGCAAAUCUAAAACUCUGUUCCUUUAAAAGAGCUGGGUAGGAGCAGUGGGAAACCUAUGUCUAGCCACACCCUGCAAGGUAAACUUGGCCUUUAGAAUCCCCCAGAAGCAUUUUGGAAUCCUGACAGCAUUCAGUUCAACUAUAACAAUUCUUUGAUGAGACAGGCAGGUAUUUUGCUGAUAGAGUUGGGUCUAAAGGGGUCCUCAACGUUGGGCCCCCAGAUGUUAUUGGACUUCAACUCCCAUAAUCCCCAACCAAAGGCCACUGGGGCUUGGGAUUAUGGGAGUUGAAGUCCACUAACAUCUGGGGGCCCAACGUUGAGGAUCCCUGGAAAGAAGUGCAUGUUUGUCACUACGCACAGUGUGGCUUGUGAUGAAAGAGGUAAGAAAUGCCACCUAUGUAUUAGUAUCACCAUUGUUAUGGUUUCAAAAUAUUAGUCGCAAUAUGGUCUUGUUCAUGGCAUCUUUGUUUUCUGACUGAUUUUGUUGAUGUAAUACUAGAUACAGACUUUUAUAAAAUAUUAUUCUAUAUGUAUUUCACUUUGAAGAGCAUGUUCUUAUUCUAGUUGAUUUUUUAAAAAAGUAAUAAUAUAAGCAUAGGUUGCCCUAUUCAGUUUGUUCCUUUGUUUCAAGACACAAGUAUUCUGAUUUUAUUCUAGCUAGUCAAAUGGAGCUUUAAGAACAGAGUGAGGGUGUAGAUGUGCGUGUACUUUUGCUUCUUCAAUUAGUUUUCUGCUUUGAGAGAUUUUGGAAACUGUGCGUUACCGUGACUGAGAACAGGUUGGGUGUGAAAGGCACUUUACAAGCUGUGGUUAUUGCACUCAGCUGUACAGGUGGCCCUUGUUAUUCAUGGGCUUUCCAUUCUUGCCUAUAGCUGUGAAUAUGAAAACCACAAAUAAUGAAACUUUGUCCCUAUGAGAAUCCAGGGGCUAGGUUACUAGACACAAAAAAAGGGCUAAAAAAAAGCAGAGAAGAGGCAGAAAUAAGAUAAAUGAAAUACUGUACCUUUUUCUCCAGGUCUCCAGCUCUCUAACCCCCAACUUCCUCUGUUUUUUCAUGAAAAAAUGCAGGAUUGUUUUUAAGAGCCACAAAAUGGCUCUGUGCUCUAAAAUAGUGGCCAGAAAUGAGAUUGGAAGUCAUUUCCAGUCAUUUCCAGCCACACAAAACCAUGAAUAGUUGAAUUUUGCCUAUUUUUUAGACGACAGAUAAUGAAACCGGGUCUCUAAGAUCCUUUCGUGGAUACAUAAAAACACAGUUGUUGAAACUGUGGAUAAUGAGGUCCACCUGCAGGGGCACACCAAGGUAACUUGGGUGCCCGGGCCACCCAGCCAUGAGCCCCCCCCCACCGUGAGGCCCCCCCAGACUUCCUUUGUGGGGCCCAGCUUGCCAAAGCUCCUGGGGUUUUUUGCUUAAAAACUCUUACUGCGGCCAAGGCGGGGCUGCGGGGAGGGGGAGAGAGCAAGCCUUCUCCCCCCACUUCCCCGGUGGAAGUUGAAAUCAUUGCAAGCCCAUGACAUCACAGGCUUGCGACGAUUUCUAAACUGCGCAGGCAUGCCUCACAGUUGCUUCAAGACGCUGGCCUGAAUGGAUUGGCUCAGAGUCAUUCCUGCUCACACUCCACUGCCACCAGGGGAUGGGGGGAGAAGGGAGAAGGACUGGUCCGCUCCACCACCACCCCGCAGCCACCCCUCGGCCGCGUUAAGAGUUUUUAAACAAAAAUAUUGACCUUUGGCAGGGUGAGCGCGGGGGGUGCCUCAGCUGCUGGAGGCCCCCGGCCCUGGCCAUUUGGAGGCUCUCCCAGACCUUGGAGGGCUGGACUGUGUCCCCCAAGGUCUGGGGGUUAGUGCGCCUCUGGCCAUCUUUUUAUUGGCAGAUGCCUAGAGGUGACUGUGGAUAUGGUUUUUGUAACUAGGGAACAGUCAGAACAUAGGUUCUUGGUAAUAAAUAUCAAAAGAAAGGUGUCAAGAUCCAGAAUCUAGUGUUGUUCAGUUCAAAUUAGGAGAUUUAUGAUGACUCCAGUACAAUUCACAUAACUGCAAACUGCCGGAAUUGUGAAUACCUAGUGAUGCCUGAGUGAUUAAAAUUACUAUAUAGUGGCUUUCUGCAUCUUUAGUAUUCUGUUCCAGUUCAUCUGUAGCAUUGCACUGAUCUUAUGACAAUCUGUAUUAAAUCUUAUAUUAGGGCAUGCUGAAAUUGGGUUCCUUUGAGCCAGGGCCCAGCAGGGCUGAGCCCCAGACCCUGUUUUCAGUGCACAUGCUCAUCUAAAUAUGUGAAGCAAUAAUAGAUGCAUGCAGAAAUGCCUUUUCCUCCCCACUAAGUAACCAUAACCAUCCUAUACACAGAUGAAUGCAUUACUGUGUAAUGAUUUCCAGUGACCAUCCAACAGACAGCUGCAUUUGCACCAUCUAGAGAACUCUUGCGCAACUGUGUGUACGUUCCAUUACAAGGCAGAUGGAAUACUAAUUGUGCAGGAUUUUGUGGAAUCCAUAUGGAUUCUGCCCCAUCCACACUAAACUCAUGAUUUCCCAUGUAUUCUUGAUGGAUUUUCAAUAAUUAACAUGGAGUUGUAAUUGUUGCUUUGUGGCUUCCAAGUACUUUAAGAGAGAGCCAGUGUGGUGUAGUGGUUAGAGUGCUGGACUAGGACCAGGGAGACCCGAGUUCAAAUCUCCAUUCAGCCAUGAGACUUGCUGGGUGACUCUGGGCCAGUCACUUCUCUCUCUAUUUUAGCCUAACCUACUUCACAGGGUUGUUGUGAGGAGAAACUUAAGUAUGUAGUACACCGCUCUGGGCUCCUUGGAGGAAGAGUGGGAUAGAAAAUGCAACAAAUAAAUAAAUAAAUAAAUAAAAAUGGAAAUCGAAAUGAAAAUGAAAUGAAAUAAAAAUUACUAGGCAAAAGCCCAUGAGAGACCAUGCCUCAGUACAUGAAAACUCAUGUACUUCAUAGAGUAAUAAGAACACAAGGCACUUUAGGUUUGGUGCUACUGGUAGUUCAGAUAUCCAGAAAAAUAUACAGUUUAGUGUUUCAGCAAACUGAUGUUAAAAGCAGGUUUAAUGAUUACUUAUAUUUUUUCAGUAAUGAAUCAAAUCAUACACUGGAUUUUAAAUUUUAUCCUUCUCCUAUCCCCCCCACUCCACCCAACCCCAGUUAAUCCUAUUUUACAAAAGACAAAAAGAUAAAUUUGGUCAGCAAAACAUGGAUGUUUCUGGGCUGGAAAAAAGUUUCAGUUUUCACUUGAUAACUGUCUGAUUGUGAUAACCACUGACAUGUUUAUCUAUAUACUCAAUGAACUAUUUAAUAUAGAUAAAGUGAACAAAAUGCAUGAAGAUUCAGAAGCCUGCAGUGGUGAUUGGUUCACAGCAGUGUUGUAAACUCACUUUUAAAGCUUUUUGCUCUCCAGAACAAAAGGGCGCUGCAUCUUAACACAUCAUUUUCAGCAACAGUAAAAUUUAGCUGUGUAAGAUUUCGUUAUGUCUAGUGUGAGUGAAGUUUAAUAUUGCGUCAAUCCAUAGUAGGGACAUAGACCAGAGGCUCUUCAUGUGUGUGUGACAGUGUGUUUUCCUUCAGUGUCUAAGCCUUCCCAAGUUUAAUCAAGGCACAACUGAAUAGGCAACACACUUCAUAGCACCCACCUGUCUCCAUCUCUUGGAGGAGGACAAAUCAAGUGGGAGGUAGGGCUAGGGACUAGAAGUACAUGCUGUGAGAUUGCACAGGUAGAAAAGUCCAAUGAAAUCAAAAUCCCAUAAAAACAGAACUUUACUUCAUUGACCCUCAGAACUAUCCAUCAAUUCAAGUGGUGCGGUGGAAGUUAGAGCUUUCUAAAUUUCACUGAAAACACAGCCAAAUUUUGCUAGGGGUUGGUCUGGGAGGAGCUCAUCAUGCUCCCUUUAGCAACUCCUCAUGCCUUAAGGAAUCCCACUCCCCAUGAAGAACCCUGGAUGUAGGCUGACAAUUUCACCUUCCAUGAAGGCUUAUAGUUCAACACCUAUUUGUAAUCCUAGAUGAAAUGUGCAUCAAGGUAACUGUUUGUAAAUAUGCUGUUGUUCAUGUCUAUAUGUAAGGUCAUGAAAAUCACAACUCCAUACUGUGGCACUUAAUACUUUUGUCUUUUCCUGCCAUACAAUUUUUCUUAAAGGUGGAAAAUGGCUUGAGUAGAUAUAGAACUAUUACAAUGUGCAAAUGCUUGUAAAAUAUAAGCAAUUUUUUUAGAAUAUGUUUUUAGAAAAUGUCCAAAAUAUUUUAGAAUAAACAAAUAAUAAAUAAUUAUUGACAAUAUUAUUUAUUAUUUUAAAAUAAUAAAUAAAAAUUUGAUUCUAACACCUCCUCUGGCAUUAUGAAAAUAAAAAAUGUAGCACUUACGCAUACAUUAUUGUAGAAUAAAUGAUUACUUUGUUUACUCUGA